AUGCACACCAAAGGUCCUACCCCGCAGCAGCACGACGGCUCCGCCCUGCGCAUCGGCAUUGUGCACGCGCGCUGGAACGAGACCAUCAUCGAGCCGCUGUUGGCCGGUACAAAGGCCAAGCUGUUGGCAUGCGGCGUCAAGGAGUCCAACAUAGUCGUGCAGAGCGUCCCGGGGUCGUGGGAGCUGCCAAUCGCCGUGCAGAGGCUCUACUCAGCAUCCCAGCUCCAAACCCCAAGCUCCGGCCCAUCCCUGACGGCCGGCGACCUCCUUGGCUCCUCGACUACGGACCUUACAGCGCUCCCGACCACCAACACGUCCUCCACCGGUCCCUUUGACGCCCUCAUCGCCAUCGGCGUCCUCAUCAAGGGCGAGACCAUGCACUUUGAGUACAUUGCCGACGCCGUAUCGCACGGCCUGAUGCGCGUCCAGCUCGACACGGGCGUCCCCGUCAUCUUUGGCGUCCUGACCGUCCUGACCGACGACCAGGCCAAGGCCCGCGCCGGCGUCAUCGAGGGCAGCCACAACCACGGCGAGGAUUGGGGCCUGGCUGCCGUCGAGAUGGGCGUCAGGAGGAGGGACUGGGCUGCGGGGAAGACCGAGUGA